AUGAGGAGCGAUCAAUUUUAUUUUUCAUCUCCCUGGACAUUUAAUGACAAGUACGUGUGUAAUUUGUCUGUUAAUAUUGGUUAUGGAGAGUGUAAUUUGUCUGAUAAUAUUGGUUAUGGAGAGUGUAAUUUGUCUGUUAAUAUUGGUUAUGGAGAGGGUAAUUUGUCUGAUAAUAUUAGUUAUGGAGAGUGUAAUUUGUCUGAUAAUAUUGGUUAUGGAGAGUGUAAUUUGUCUGAUAAUAUUGGUAAUGGAGAGUGUAAUUUGUCUGUUAAUAUUGGUUAUGGAGAGUGUAAUUUGUCUGAUAAUAUUGGUAAUGGAGAGUGUAAUUUGUCUGAUAAUAUUGGUAAUGGAGAGUGUAAUUUGUCUGAUAAUAUUGGUUAUGGAGAGUGUAAUUUGUCUGAUAAUAUUGGUUAUGGAGAGUGUAAUUUGUCUGAUAAUAUUGGUUAUGGAGAGUGUAAUUUGUCUGAUAAUAUUGGUUAUGGAGAAAGUGAAGAAUAUAAACACAAUUAA